AUGAAGAUUUUGGGUGUGAUUUGUGAAGUAAGGGAGGCUGCGGUUUGGUGUUGCGGAGAUGAAACACCUCUCUGUUAUGGUUGUGAUAAGAAUGUUCACACAGAUAAUAAGUUGGCUUCCAAACAUCAGAGAGUUGCUCUUGUGGAAACUACAUUAGUGCCUAAUUGUGAUAUUUGUCAGGAGGCGGUGGCUUUCUUCUUCUGCCGAGAAGAUCGAGCUUUGCUCUGUUCACGAUGUGAUCUCGCCGUCCACUCCUUGAACAUCCAUGUCUCAGCUCACCAGCGUUUUCUAGUUCCUGGAGUGAAAGCCGAGCUCGAGCCAAUCAAACAGAGUCCAGUCACUCCCUCAUCAGUGAAAAAUUGUGCUGAAAAACAAACGUCUAGUAAAAUGGUGCAAAAGGCGUGUCCUGGUGAACAUGUCCAGCCCAUUAGAAAUAUCGCGACUAACGGGCUGGCUUCUGCUGAAGCCUGUGUAUCCGAAGGUAUCCCAGAGCGGGAACUCACUGACAUAUUCGGAUACACAGGCUUCGGUAAAAGUAAUGUUGAUGACAAGCCCGCGGAUUUUUGCACACCAAUAUUCAGCAUACAUGACAUUGAUGUGGAUCCUGAUGAGGACUUAGUUCCGUCCUGGAGAGUUGAUGCUUAUCUGGACGCUGACGAUAAUGUGAUCCAGGCCUGGAUAGCUGAUCAUACUCAGGGUAAUAUAGAAAGCUCAUCAGCGGUGGACGAAAACCAUAGCUUGAUUAGAGGCUGGACAGAGGAACCAAGUCAAGCCUGGGCGGUUCCAGAGCUCACAUCUCCACUGGGGGAAUCAGUGGAAUUGGAUUCGACUAAAGUGUGCGUUCCGGAUGUGUCCUACUCCCUUGUCCUUGUGAACGACAAUUACUAUCCACGGCAGGAAAAUGGAUCCAUUCCCAAUCGAAAGCGGAAACUUUAGAAACAUUGAGAAGUUUCACAAGGGAAAGGACAUAGCUAUGAGGAGGCACGGGGAAGAAACUCAAGUUUCAGAGAAGUUUUUUAUGCUUCAUGUACCGAGUUCAUCAAUCCA